CGGAGGACUGUAGCGUCGGUCCUAGGAUGAGAGGGCCAUUUCCUUCCGGGCGGGGGUCAAAUCCUCGGGAAGCCGAGCCAUCCCGUCCAGCUACCUGUCCCAAACGGGGCGCAGGCCAUGUCACCUCUCUAGGAGGCUCCGGAGAACCGGCCGCGCUGUCCCUUUCGGGUGCAGAAAGCCGGCUCCCCCCGGCCCGCUGGGAAGAUUUCCUGCUACACAUCCGGCCGGGGCAUCUGAGGGCAGGAGCCAAGCCAGCCGUGCCCGAUAGACCAGUGGAGAGCACUCUCGCCUGACUGCCUGUCCUCCUCACCGGACCCAGACUCGGCACCGCACACUCCCCCGACGCGGGGUCGGGGAAGGGGGGGAGCGGCGCAGUCACGCGCGCAUCACACUUGCGCUCACAAGCGCGCAAGGCUCUCGCUCUCCGCCCGGCACACCUGCGCUCCGCCCCCUGGUCCCGGGCCGGCGACGGUCGAAGGCUUUUGGGAACCCAGGGCGGCGGCGGCGGCGUCCCCCUUCUCCUUCCCUUCCCAGGGCUGGAGUUGUCCGGAGCCUCUCCCCGGUCCCAACCAGCCCGCAUCCCUCUCCAUCCUUCCCUCCCCCCGCCUGCCGCGGCACGGGUAUCUGCGGCCGCAGCCCGGAGCCCUUGAGGCGGCGAAGGGGGGAGGGGAAGAAAGCAAGGGAUGAGCGCCGGGAGGGCGUCGGGGGCCCUGAGCCGGACUAGGACGCCCCUGGAACCGGAACCCGAGCCGGAGCCGGAGCCAGAGCCAAACCACCGGCCGCCUGAGAAUUCCGUCCCAUCUCGCUCUGCAGUGUCCUUGGGAGGGACGGAAGCUCAGGACAAGCUGGAAAGGGGAACGUUCUGGGCGUCGGGGAAGCGGACCAGGGUCGUGGAAGACAGCUUGCGCAGCUGCCGUCUGGCACCCCUGGCCCGGACCAGCACCUCUGGCACGGACAGCUCCCUGGUUGGGUAGGGGGUGGGGCCAGACCUCAGAGGCUUGCCUGUCUCGGAUCCUGAAGAAGGCAUUCCUAUCCCUCCCCCCAUCUCUAGCUGCAGCCCCCUAACCCCAGGAGGCGCCCUGGCCCGCGCUUGCCCCCCAGGGCCUCAUGUCGGAACCACAGCCUGACCUGGAGCCGCCCCAACAUGGGCUGUACAUGCUCUUCCUGCUUGUGCUGGUCUUCUUCCUCAUGGGCCUGGUAGGCUUCAUGAUCUGCCACGUGCUCAAGAAGAAAGGCUACCGCUGCCGCACCUCGAGGGGCUCGGAGCCUGACGACACCCAGCUCCAGCCCCCUGAGGAUGAUGACAUGAAUGAGGACACAGUAGAGAGGAUUGUUCGAUGCAUCAUCCAAAAUGAAGCCAAUGCUGAGGCCUUGAAGGAGAUGCUGGGGGACAGUGAAGGAGAAGGGACAAUGCAACUGUCCAGUGUGGAUGCCACCUCCAGCUUGCAGGACGGAGUCCCCUCCCAUCAUCACACAGUGCACCUGGGCUCCGCAGCCCCUUGCAUCCACUGCAGCCGGAACAAGAGAUCCCCACUUGUCCGUCAGGGACGCUCCAAGGAAGGAAAGGGUCGCCCCCGGCCUGGGGAGACCACUGUGUUCUCUGUUGGCAGGUUCCGGGUGACACACAUUGAGAAGCGCUAUGGGCUGCAUGAGCAUCGUGAUGGCUCCCCCACGGACAGGAGUUGGGGAUCUGGUGGGGGGCAGGACCCAGGGGGUGGCCAGGGGUCUGGGGGAGGGCAGCCCAGGACAGGGAUGCCUGCCAUUGAGAGUCUUCCCCCUGAGAGGCCGCAGCCCCAGGCCCUUGCCAGCCCCCCAGUGCGGAAUGGAGGACUCAGGGACAGCAGCCUAGUCCCUCGUGCACUUGAGAGGAGCCCUGGAGCCUCUGCAGAGUCGAUGCUGGGGGCUGGAGGGAGGGGCCCAAGCCCAGGGCUGGCCAGUCAACAGGCAAAUGGACAGCCAAGCAAACCGGACACCUCAGAUCACCAGGUGUCCCCACCACAGGGGGCAGGGGGUGUGUGAGGUGAGUCUGCCUGGGCCCCAAGUCAGAUAAUCUCAUCCUCCCACCCCCUACUUUAAACUACCUAAGCCCAUUGGUUCCCUGAACCCCCAAGCUAAACUGCAGGCUUAGCCUUUGGUACAUAUUCCUUGGUUUAGUGGUGGGGAGUGGGCUUGUGCUCCAGGGGAUAGGGAAGGUCCUGCAGCCCCUGGGGAAAAGCGGGGACACAGCUUGAAUAGGAGGCAACACUGUUACCCUUCCUCUCCUCCAAGCCUCCUCCUUCAUUGUGCUGAUGGACUACCAGCUGGCAGGGCCAGGGGGUGGGUGGGCAUGAAGCCCCUCCUCUCCACUGGACAGCACUGCCCCCCAGCUGAGGGACCAGCCCUACUUCCACCUGGAGCUGCACGGUCUCAGGCUGGGGGACCUUGGGAGAAGUCCCACCUCCGGUCCUCAGUCUCUUCCCCUUCCCCUGCCUGCCAACAGGCCGCCUGACCUGCCUUCGCCAUCACCUCACUCCAUAUGCUAGAGCGUGUGGCUGGGAGCAGGCCCCUGCCCUUGGUGGGCCCUUAAAGCAAUAGCACCUUAGACCCCCUGCCCUCUUGGCACAAGAGGCCCAGGCCCUGGCUUGGGCUUUGUGCCCUUUAUUCACUGUCAAUAAAUCCGCUCAGACCAUUACA